AUGAGAGGCUUGCUCGAAUUGACUAUGGAAGAACUUAUAGCCACCCAACGACUAAUUGGACAAACUUUUCAAAGAACCAAUAGAUAUAUGAUAAAUCUACAUGCAGAUAUGCCCCUUGUAAGAGAAGAUUACACGCAUGACACUGUCAAAGCUCUAAAAAUGUUGUGGAAACUCUUCCAUGACAAUAAUUUGCUCCUGUCGGAAGCGCAACUAAAAGACAAUAAGUAUUUCACUAAAAAUUACUUCGGAAAAUGUAAAAAAUAUUACAUUAAUGUAGUGGGCAUCGUGCGAGAAUUCAUAAGGAAUCACGGCGAUGAACCGUUUGAGGAAGAACCCGAAACCCAAGAAAGAAAAAUGAGAAAAAUGCUCAUCUCGCACCAGCUUGACCGUCUUCAUAUGUUGAAACAAAAAAUCGCUGCAAUCAAUAUUGAUCGUAUCCACACUCUCACUGAGAUGGAAGGUUGCCAGGCCUCACUACUUCGUUAUUGGAAAAUAAUAGAAAAAUGUCACUAUGUGAUCUGGAGUCACUAUCGCGUUAGCUGGCCAGAUGUACUUUACGAACUCGAUUUUGUGCUAUACAAAAACAUGUAUGAAACCACAAUAUCUUUGUUUAAUUACAAAAUCGACUCAUACAUGUAUCCGUCUGUACGUGUGAUCCCACAUAUUGGGAUCCCAACUUGGAGGAUGUUCGACAGAAACAUAGAACCACACCCAUUUACUGUGAAGUCAGUCGCUUGGGCAAACUUUAGUGGAUUAAGUGAAGUCAUCCGCAACAACAAGAUAUCCGAAGGAGAGAGACGGCAACUUCUUAUUAGAACGUUUUUGACGUAUCAGGUGUACGAGCCUUUGACUCCUGAAUCCUCUGACAACGAAGGAGAUGGCGAUGAGAUAGCUCAACAGUUCGAACCGUCUGAGCCAGAGGACGCCGAAGUCGAUAGUGAAGAGUCCGUUGCGUCCUCGUCAGAGGAAGGCUUUGAGGAGGAGGUACAGACCCCACCAAAUGAAGAAGUCGCUGAGCCCGCAGAGGCUGUAGAGGAACAGCUUGUAGCUCCUCAACCACUGGUGCCAGAGGAACACCCUAUGCAAGCAGUAGCAACUGCACCGACUGAUGAUUCUGCACAAAUGCCUCCACCAGCACAGGUGCCACGUGCUGCACCGAGGAAGCGCACUGUUCCCGUCCAGAUUGCUGUUGUUGCACAAGAGUCUGCACCGGCCAAACGUUCCGCCUCUGGAGACCAAGCUGCGCCGGUACCAGGAGUGCCGGGCGUACAACGGAUUCAAUUGAUGGUUCCAGAACACAACCCAGAUCCAGUUGGACCGAUAAAGUUGGAAAGUACGCAGACCAAAAUUGUUAAACAGAUGAAAAGACUUUCCAAGUUGAAUAUGUCUGAGUCAAUGGUAAUGUCGAUACCCUUGAAGAUGUCGGCGCCAGAGGGUGUCGCCGUACCGGUGGCUGCGCCCAAUGUCCUCCCACCUGCAGUAGGGGCUGCAUCAAUGAAAAUGGCAGUCCCCAUGAAAAUGGUGGCAUCGACGAACACGGGCGUGCCAAUGUUUAUGGCAGUGCCAAUGACCAUGACCAUGCCAAUGAAAAUGUUGGUAUCGGCUGACGUUGCUUCCGCCAUGCAGUCUGCCGCGUUACUGACACUCGUCCAGCCCAGGCAGAAGGCUUUGGGAAACCAGGAUAUUCACCAAGAUCUACCAAUGGAACUGGUUCUGCAAGCGCCUACUGAAGAGCCAGCUGAUCUCAACCAACCGUUUGAGAUAGAGCAAAAUGCACCAAAUGAUCAAGCAGAUUCACCAAAACGAAGCGCAUUGAUGAAUCCACCUCCUUCUAAAUCUAACGAGCCAGAACCGUUACCGAUGGAACUGACUCUGCAGCAGGAUCUUCUUCCCCCGAUGAUUAAUCCUAACAUUGCAGUACCAGUUAUUGGAAAAGAAUGCCCAAUGAUGCCACAAAAUCCAAAUGAUGAGCAAGACCAUGAUGUUGACUAAAUUCAUCCUCAGGAGUCGUGAAUUAUUAUUAUUAUUUGUACUAAUCUUCAUAUAUUUCCUGCUCAUUAUUGUAGAGGUUAAAAUACUUACUUGUCCUAAC